CGAAAGUGCUACCCCCUGACCGGGCAAUACGCAGCGGGGUUGGACAGCCAUGCCCAAGUACUGCAGGGCACCAAACUGCUCCAACACUGCGGGCCGACUGGGAUCGGAUAACCGCCCAGUGAGCUUCUACAAGUUCCCACUGAAGGAUGGUCCCCGGCUGCAGGCUUGGCUGCAGCACAUGGGCCGUGAGCACUGGGUGCCCAGCUGCCACCAGCAUUUGUGCAGCGAGCACUUCACCCCCUCCUGCUUCCAGUGGCGCUGGGGCGUGCGCUACCUGCGGCCAGAUGCAGUGCCCUCCAUCUUCUCUCGGGCGCCUACCUCCAAGAGCCAGCGGACUACUCGAGGCAACACUGAGAAACCAGCUGCACCGCCUCCUCCGCAGGAGAUUACGCCCCCGUCCCGGAGCCCCGCCGCCCCCGCUUCUGGCUCAGUGCACUUAUUGGUGCUGGGGUCCGCAGCUGGGCCCCCAGAGACUGCAGCCACCGUGCUUCUGACCCCUCUGCCCCUUCCACCUGCUCCCGCCCAGCCGGAGCCUGAAGUGCCGGUCCAUCACACCCGGGCCGGGCUGGGCGCGAUGCUGGGAGCGCUGCAGCGGCGGGUGCGGAGGCUACAGCAGCGCCAGGAGCGGCACAAGGCCCAGCUGCGGGCUCUAGAGCAGCUGCUAUGCAGGGAGAGCCUGCUGGCGCGGGCCCGCCGGGGCCUGCAGCGCCCGGGCCACACUCGAUGUUCCCUAGAGAUUGAUGCGGCAUCCCUGGAUGCCUCGAUGAGAGAGGCUCAGCAGAUCCUGCAGCACCAGCUCCCUGGACCUGAGGAAUCCCAAACCUUCACCAUCAUCUGCGGAGGGUCUGACGUAGCCGUGGUCCUGGCCCAGGGCCCUGCACCGCCCACACUCAAUGCCCAGCCUGAGCUCCUGGACACUCAGACCACCAGUACAUGAGGAUCAAGACAGACAGUGUUGAGGCCCAGAAGAUAGAAGAUGGAGGAAGAGAGAGUCAUCGUAUACGGGCCUGGCCCAGCCCCCACCCCCUGUCCAUGCCUGUGGAGUAGCAGCGCCUCCCUCAAGGACCUGAGUUCUACCACCCCCACCUAGGGCCUCAACACUGAAUCUAAGGGGUGACCUGUGCCCAACUCCUCCAUCAGUCCCCAUUCUCCUGGGUACCAAGCCCCAGCUACCCCCACCUGAAAUCUUUGCAGUCAGUACAACAAUCUCAGAGCAGAACCAUGUUCCUUUGGAGAACAUGGUACCUGCUUCUGCAGACCCCAUUAUACCCUUUGCCUAGUCUGGUGUGGAGCUGGGGUACAGCGGUGAACACAGCUGAAAACAUCCCUGCCCCUACGGGGCUCACAUUCUCCUUGAGUAGAAGAUGAACUGGGAAGCGAAUAAACGAGAUCAUUUCCAACCGUGAUAUGUGCUAUAAAGACGGGAUGAAAAUGUAAUUGUUGGAGGUGGGGGAGUGGGUCCCUCGAGCAAUGUUUGCACAGAGACCUGCAUGAGGAGAAGGAGCUGGCCCAGAAAACACAUGGGCCAAGGGUUCCAGCGGAAGACCAGCCAAGGCCCUAGGGCAUCAGACCAAGGGGGGGCAGUGUUGCUGCACACAAAACUAAAGUAUAGGUGUGGGGUGCAGGGUCCAGUUGUAAAGUCUGUUUCUUCCAUGAGCGAGAAAGACACAGCACCUCCAACAGGGGGUGACACCACUGUGGCCCACCCCCAGGCUUCAGCCAGCCCAUGGUCAUGGACUGGUGUGUGACUGUGUCCUCGUGGAGUUUUCUGGACUUGAACAUAUGGAAACACUCCCGUAUGGAUCAGUCCACAGAGCUUUGUGUUACUGCUGCA